AUGCCGUUAACAAUAGCGAAGACGACGCCGGUCAAGCAGAAAGCGUAUCUAACAAAAGGUGGCCUGAGACGCGAAGACUCAGACGAUGAACUCGGAUAUGAAGAUCAUCCCUGGCAUUGGAUAUACGAGGAGGAUGAGAAGAGCCUGGGAGACCAGAGACCACCGUCCAAGAAAAGGAAAGCUAGCGCUAUCGAAGGGAAGAAGAAGCCCAUAGGAGCCCGCAUGGGUUCAUUUUCCGUCCGGGUAGGGGAUUCGGUGUUGUUGAAAUCGCCAGAGCAGGGGAAAGACUGGGUCGGACUCGCCUGCGACUUCUCCGACAAGAACGAAGAUGGAGAGGAAGAGAUGUGUGUGCACAUCCAGUGGUUCUGUACGCCUGAAGAGCUGAUGUCCGGCAAACGAUCCAAGCUCCCUGAUGUACUGCCCAACGAAUCCUAUAUUACCGCAGAUUUCAACCUAAAUCCGCUGACCGCGAUAAAUGGGAGAGCGACUGUUUUGUCGAAGGAUGCCUUUCUUCAAACAUAUCCCGGCGGUCAGCCGCCAAAAUCGAAGGCUGCGGCGAAUCGCUAUGCGAAGACCAUCUUGUGCCGCCGUGGGGUCAAGCAAAGGACGCUCCAAUUUACUGAGGACUUCGUAUGGGAGGAGAUCUUCACGGGACCCGAGAGUAUCCUAGACUUGGUGGACUGGAUCAAGGAGCAGACGAAACUGAAGAACAGAAAGCCACCUAAGAAGGAGGACCUCGAAUACGAGCAAAAAGGGGAGAUGACAGAUGAUCUACCUCGAACACCGUCGAAGAAGAGGAAGGCCACUACCACGGUUUCCACUCCCAAAUCUUCCGCAAAGGCAUCCAAAUAUACUACACCAACGCAUAAGCGGAUCAUGAUCAAAAAGCCAAUCGACAUAACGCCGCUGGGGACUCGAAUUCUUUCUCCCUCCCAGUACAUGUCGACUCCGUACUCGCACGCACGCGCAACACUGCAUGUCUCGGCCGUUCCCGCGUCUUUACCCUGUCGGUCCAACGAGUUCAGCUCGGUCUACUCUCAUCUUUACUCUGCCAUUGUAGACGGUUCCGGAGCCUGUAUCUACAUCUCAGGGACGCCUGGGACGGGCAAGACAGCCACAGUUCGCGAGGUGGUUGCAUCACUCCAUCAGGCGGUGCUGAACGAAGAGCUCGACGACUUCAACUUCGUCGAAAUCAACGGCAUGAAAGUCACCGAACCACACCAAUCAUAUUCUCUGCUAUGGGAGGCGCUGAAGGGCGACCGUGUCAGUCCGCACCACGCCCUCAGCCUCUUGGAGCAGGAAUUCUCACACCCAUCUCCACGCCGUAUCCCGUGCGUCGUGUUGAUGGAUGAACUCGAUCAGCUAGUCACCAAGAACCAAAGUGUCAUGUACAACUUCUUCAACUGGCCGGCAAUGAGACAUUCCAAACUCAUCGUCCUCGCAGUUGCAAACACGAUGGAUCUGCCGGAGAGGACGCUAUCCAACAAGAUCAGCUCCCGCCUAGGUCUCACAAGAAUCACAUUUCCAGGUUACACGCAUACGCAGCUGAUGGAGAUUAUAACCUCGAGGCUGGAAGGCGUGCCGGGCAACAUUGUCGACAAGGAUGCAGUCCAGUUCGCCAGCCGGAAAGUUGCAGCCGUGUCCGGCGACGCGAGACGCGCACUCGACAUCUGUCGUCGAGCGGUCGAAAUCGCAGAGCAGGCUCAAGAGAAACAGCACGCAAUUACUACGGACGACGAGGACGUGUUGGCAACUACCCCGAGUCGUAGAGGCAGGAAGGCUUCGAAGCUCGCGUCCAAAGACAAGAACAACGACAAUGAUAACGAGAAUGACGAGAAGCAAAAGCCUCCCAGGCAAUUGGCAAGCGUGACCAUUGCCACCAUCAAACAGGCCAUCAACGAAGCAACGUCUUCACCUAUCGCACAGCACCUCCGCUCCCUGUCCCUGGCUUGCAAACUCUUUCUUGCUGCGAUGCUUGCACGCAGCCGCCGCACAGGCGUUGCGGAAUGCACCCUCGGCGACAUCACCAUCGAAGCCAAACGCAUUGCCGAUGUUGCUGAAAAUAGCGCGAUACACGAUUUCCUGCUGCUCGUAAAUGACAACUCGGGGCGGAACACCUCCACGGCCGUCAUGCCCCGUAUCUUGGCUCUGGGCGGCGCAGCCAUGGAGCUGGUGGAGGCCGGCAUCAUUGCCAUGGAAGCGAGAGCAAAGGGCGAAAGAGCAGGGAAGGUCAGAUUGAGAGUAGGAGAAGAAGAGGUGAAAAACGCACUCAUCGGCGAUGCUGAGGUCAAAGGCCUGGGAUUCAACGCCUGA